AGCGUACUUCCUGUUCUUUCCGUCCUCAGUCGCGGCACGGAAAUCUUAGCCGCUAACAAGCAACUAAGCCAUCUUGCUUACGAAAUCAGCACACUUUGCAACAUCAUUUUCACGAAAGGACAGAAAGUCUUAAGUUAACUUGUCAGUCAUGACUUACUCCAACGGUGUUAGUGCUGGCGGCGGAUAUCGCAACAACAGUGGUAGCCAAAACCGUGGAAGUGGCAGUUUCAUGCAGCGUGGCUUCGGCAGUGGUGGUGGCGGCGGCGGCGGCUCUCGAUUCGGAGGUGGCAACAAGGGGGGUAUGCGUAACGGAACCGGCGGUGGUCCUAUGACCAAUGGACGAAGUUCCGCUGGAGGAUUCCAUCCUUACCAGAGGCCCCAGAACAACAGCAACAAUGCUGGCAGCAACUUAAGGAAGCCCAACUGGGACACCGAGCAGCUUCGACCCUUUAAAAAAGACUUCUAUGUACCCCAUCCAACUGUUUCCAGUCGCCACCCACACGACGUCGCCGAAUUCAGAGAUUUGCAUAAAAUUACCCUGAAGGGUGAUAUCAUCCCAAACCCAAUUCAGUUUUUUGAAGAGGGAAAUUUCCCAGACUAUGUUCUGCAAGGGAUUAAAAGACAAGGAUAUACGGAACCAACACCAAUCCAGGCUCAGGGCUGGCCUAUUGCUAUGUCUGGCAAGAAUAUGGUUGGGAUUGCCCAAACAGGCUCGGGUAAAACUUUGGCCUACAUAUUGCCAGCAGUUGUGCACAUUAAUAGUCAACAGCCACUCAGUCGUGGAGAUGGCCCCAUUGCUCUUGUUCUUGCACCAACUCGAGAAUUGGCUCAGCAAAUUCAGACUGUUGCCAAUGAUUUUGGAUCUCUCUCUUAUGUGAGAAAUACUUGCAUCUUUGGUGGAGCACCCAAGGGAAGCCAAGCUCGUGACCUUGAGCGUGGAGUAGAAAUCGUAAUUGCUACUCCAGGACGUCUAAUUGACUUCCUUGAGCGAGGCACAACAAAUUUGCGCCGCUGUACUUAUCUUGUGCUCGAUGAAGCUGACCGUAUGCUCGACAUGGGUUUUGAACCUCAGAUCAGGAAGAUCAUUGAACAGAUCAGACCGGAUAGACAAGUUCUCAUGUGGUCUGCUACCUGGCCCAAGGAAGUUAGACAAUUGGCUGAAGAAUACCUUACUGACUAUACUCAACUGAACAUUGGAUCUCUGCAAUUAGCUGCAAACCAUAACAUUCUUCAGAUUAUUGAUGUUUGCCAAGAACAUGAAAAGGAAACUAAAUUGGGAACACUACUUGAAGAGAUUGGAAAUGCCAAUGAUGAAGGUGGGAAAAUCAUCAUUUUUGUUGAGACUAAAAAGAAGGUAGAAAACAUUACAAAAAAUAUCCGUCGUUACGGGUGGCCUGCCGUAUGCAUGCAUGGUGAUAAGUCACAACAAGAACGUGACUACGUGCUUAGAGAAUUCAGAAAUAAGAGAGGAUCUAUAUUAGUAGCAACUGAUGUUGCUGCUCGUGGAUUGGACGUUGAUGAUGUUAAAUACGUCAUAAACUUUGAUUAUCCGUCAUCAUCCGAAGACUACAUCCACCGAAUAGGUAGAACUGGUCGCAGUCAAUCUUCUGGUACCAGUUACGCCUUUUUUACACCGCAGAAUGGGCGUCAAGCUAAGGAUCUCAUUAAUGUCCUUAGAGAAGCAAAUCAGAUUGUUAAUCCAAAAUUGAAUGAAUUGGCAUCUAAGAUGGGAAACAGUUUUGGAGGACGCAAUCGAUGGGGAUAUCAACCAAGAGGUCGGGAAAACACUUUCUCUGGCUCACACAAGCGAUUUGACAAUAAGAGCAGUGGAUACCACAAUUAUAGUUGAGUUUCUGAUUUAGGUUCUAAUCACAAUGCUGGUCUAAAGCUGAAUACUUGGGGACUUAGAUUAAACUAUUUGUCUUGAUCUGUGAUUAGAAAAACUGUCCUUCAAAGUGGUUCGUGCGUUUGAAUAUGCCAGUUAUUGUGUUUAAUAUUGUUUGCUAUGUAUUUUUAAUUUAUACUUUUUAGAAUUUCUUAUAAAUUAGUUGAAAGACAUCGGUUUUCAAGCCUUAUCUCUUAUUGUCUUGAAAAGCAAUAAGAAUGUCAAUGAAAGUCUAGAUUUUCUAGCUAAACAAUGCCCGGCAAAGUGGAUCAUUCCACAUUUCCGUCGAGCUUAAAAAUGAUUGCAUUUUGAUUUAAUCAGGAAUAUGAUUAAUUUCUUUUCGUUUAUAAAUUGUUUGAUUUUGCAAAGCAUUUUGAAAUAAUUGAAGAUUGUUUAAUUUUAUUAAAUCAUAAAACCUCAAAGUACAAACAUUUUGACGAGCACCGUUUUGUUGCUGGAGGCAAAUUAA